AUGCAGAACAUGUCUAUUCAAUGUUUCAACGAAGAAAAGCAUCCAGUCCUGCAAAAUACUUAUGAUCAUUCUGCUGCUGUCAAUAGUUUGGUCUGCGAAGGAAAAUUAACAACAUUCAAGCAAGCUCGAGCUAUAACGCCGGACGCAAUAGAUUGUCAUACAAUGAUCACUACACAAAAAACUAUUCUACAUCAAAUAUUACGACUAGCAAAGUGUAUUGAACCUCGUUGCUACAACCUAUUGUUAAAAUAUGUAUUUACUUGCUAUCCUCCGGAAUGGUUUCAAUGCGAUGGUGAAAAUGAGAAUGACUACCAUCUCAUUUUUCAUGAUAUUUGUGAAAUUAACAAGCAACAUAAAAAUUUGUGCAAAUAUGCAUCUUACCUCUAUCGGAUAUCAGCAGUUGUCAAGUGCACAGUAUUAGUAGGAAGCAUCGUUGAUCUACCGUCGAAUAUUACCUUUCCUCAAGCAGAUAAAACCGCAGGAACAACUUCGAAAAGUGCGAAGAUUGAAUUAGAUGAAAUUUGGAACGAACAGCAAAAAGCAGCUAGUCGACGGACCUUAUGGUAUUCUAUGAAAUCCAGCAAAUAUUUCAAAUGUUUUCAACUUCGACAUUGCAACAGAAUACGUUCAGAGAACAGAAUUGAGUGUGCACGAAGUAGAUUCGAACGAUUAGGUGGAGAAAUAGAACAUGGCGUUGUUUUCGUGCGUGGACGGAACGGAAAUGCACUCUUGAAAAUGCUCUACGUCUUCAUCGAAGAGUUUCGAAUUCAUACUAUAAGUCUGGAAAACGCCAAAAUAACCAAAGAUUCACUUGUUCAAUUACUAAAUUUCAUUUCCCAUGAAAACAACAUCAUCAAACUUGAAUUGAAUGACGUUUCUGUGAAAAACUACUGCCGAUGUGUGAAGACACGAGAUAUGAUUUCAAUGCUCAAUCGUGCAGUCGAAACGAAUGAUAAACUUACUGUUCAAUAUGUAAUCACUAAAUCGUUCACGAAAGUUCAAGAACAUUUGUUCGAUAUCAUUAUACACACAAACUCACGACUAAUAUUUCAAAUUCAAUUAGAAAAGCAAACUCCAUCAGUCGAACUAUUCGGUACACAUCAACAUGGUUUCGUUAUAUCGGUCAACAAACAUAACACAACGAAUAAUAUCGUGUCUUCUGCAAAAAUUACCCAGAUUUUGCAACAGUGGAAUAUAUCAGAGUUUCAAUUACAUAAUGCAAUUCUUUCCGCGGAUCUAAAAGAUAUUCAAACUCGAUUCCUUGCAAUUGGUAAGCCGUUUCAACUGAUUUUCUACUGA